GAAGAGGCGGACACUCAGCGGCAGCAGGUUUGUGAGAGCAGCAUAACAGAGGAGGAGGAGGAAGAAGGAAGGAGGAGGAGGAGGAAUCAGAGCGAGAGAAACAGUGUGGCUGCAGUCAGGAGGGACACAAACACUGAGAGAGAGAGAGAGAGAGAGAGAGAGAGAGAGGAGGAGAUACAGAGAGAAGGUUUCCUCCCCUCCUCACCUCACUGACCCAUGAAAGAAGCCAUGCCGGUCCUCACAGCAGGAGCGGGGCUACACGAAACGUUGGCCCUGCUGACCUCUCAGCUACGGCCCGAUGCCAAUCACAAAGAGGACAUGGUCUUCCUCAAAGACGUCUUCAGUGAGCGGAGCUUGGGAUACCUCAUGAAGAUUCAUGAGAAGUUGAGACAGUAUGAGAGACAGAGUCCAACACCCGUCCUCCACAGUGCCUCGUCUUUGGCAGAGGAUGUGGCGGAGGAGCUGCAGAGCGGACCGAUGAGCACCGAGGAGAAGGAGCUGCUGCACCUGCUGACGUCACCGCAUCUCAAGGCCGUUCUCUCGGUGCACGACACCGUGGCACAGAAGAACUUUGAUCCCGUGCUGCCGCCGCUGCCGGAUGACUUUGAGGACGAGCUGGAGGAAGAGUCGGUGAAGAUCGUCAGGCUGGUGAAGAACAAGGAGCCUCUGGGAGCCACCAUCAGGCGGGAUGAAGCCACUGGGAUGGUGAUCGUGGCUCGGAUCAUGAGAGGAGGUGCAGCCGACCGAAGCGGUUUGGUCCAUGUAGGAGAUGAACUCAGGGAGGUCAACGGAGUCUCUGUGAUCCACAAGAGGCCUGAUGAGAUCAGUCAGCUGCUGUCUCAGUCCCAGGGCUCCAUCACUCUGAAGAUAAUCCCUGCCAUUAAAGAAGAGGACCGACUGAAGGACAGCAAGGUGUACGUGAGAGCGUUGUUUGACUACAUCCCGUUGGAAGACAAGGCGACACCUUGCCAAGAAGCGGGACUUCCCUUCAAGCGGGGAGACAUCCUGCAGGUCGUGACCCAAGACGACCACACGUGGUGGCAGGCCAAGCGCGUGGGAGACAGCAACCUGCGGGCCGGACUUGUCCCAUCCAAACAGUUCCAGGAGAGGCGACUGGCCUACAGGAUGAAAAUGGGCACUCUCCCGAAUCCAAAAUCCCCUAAAAAGCCUGUCUAUGAUCAAGGAUGUGAUAAAGAGGACUGUGACUGUGAGGGCUAUUUCAAUGGACAGUACAUAGUCUCUCCUAAGUGUAAAGCAGUGGCGCCCUCCUGUGGCCAGGUGUUUUCCUGGGAAUUUUAUUCAGCUGGUUUACGGAGGAGCUUCCGGCUGAGUCGCAAGGACAGGCAAGGAUCCUCCGGAGAGGGCUCUGAUCCUGGAGACCCCGACUUCCUGACUUAUGAGGAGGUGACCCGCUACCAGCAGAGAUCCAACGAGAGGCCCCGUCUGGUGGUUCUGAUCGGAUCUCUCGGAGCACGAAUCAAUGAACUCAAACAGCGGGUGAUUGCUGAAAACCCACAUCGUUUUGCAGUGGCUGUACCACAUACCACCCGGCCCAAGAAGCCUCAAGAGAAGGAGGGUGUCGAGUACCACUUUGUCACCAAACAGCAAUUUGACGCAGAUGCUUUAAACAACAAGUUCAUAGAGCACGGGGAAUACAAGGAGAACCAGUAUGGCACAAGUAUAGAGGCUAUCCGCUCUGUACAGGCCAAGAAUAAGAUGUGUGUAGUGGAUGUGCAGCCUGAGGCCCUGAAGAGGCUGCGGACAGCAGAGUUCAAGCCCUAUGUAAUAUUUGUCAAACCUCGUGUUCCUGAUAGCAGACGUCGCCGCAGUGCUGCCACUUCACCAGGUGGGGGAGAGCACGGCCGCACUACAGACGAGGACCUCCAAGAGAUGCGUCAGUCUGCCAUUCAGAUUGAUCAGCAGUAUGGACAUCUGGUGGACCGGAUCCUGAUCAAGGAGGACUCAGCCAGUGCCUGUGCAGAACUUCGAGGUAUCUUGGAAAGGCUGGAGCGAGAGUCCUUCUGGGUGCCUGUCUGCUGGGUGCGGACCUAAACUUGCCCCCCCUGCAUCUUCCAGAAGAACUUCACAGCCAACCCACCCAAAUCCUGCACCGGUCCUCUCCUACUGAUCCCCUUUUCCCCCCAAAAAGGCCUGCUGGCCAGCCUGGGAGUCUGCUGAACUCCCUCUGACUGAUGCAGGGCUGGUCAGACAGCCACAAACUGAGGCACCAGAGGAAGAGGAUGUUGUCUGAGGAAUACGUCGUCGUCUGGGGUGUUGGCCCAGAAAUCACAGUCUUACUGUCACUUCAAGUUAUAUUUAUUCAGGUAUGGUUUUAAGUUAUUUAUUGAUUUAAAAACGGGGAACAGACGAAGUGUUUUAUUCCUCACACUGUCACUCUUUCUAGCUGCGUUGUUCACCAGAGUGUGGCAGGUUUGGGAUCCCACUCAGAGGAUUGCUCAGUCAGUCAGCUUUAUUGUGACUCUUGUUGGAGUAACUUUAGUAGCAUGGUUUUUUAGGUUUACAGUUUUAUUCAACUCAAUGCCAAUCGCAGAAUGCUUCCUGUUAAUUCUUACUGCUCAUGCAUCCUGUACAGUAUAAGAAUCAAUCAUACAUUCAGCAGAACAGGACAAAUUGAUAUAUAAAGUUAAGUGAAUGCCAUUUCAAACUGUGCUCUUUUUUGCUAGAUAUAAUUUCCACACAUGGACAGAAACUAAACGAUAUCCAAAUGGAAUGUGAGAAUUUUAUUUUCUACAAAACAGUUUGUUUUUAGGCAAUGCAUGAAAACUGAUUAUUUAAUCUGAUGUAAAUAUUGUAAAUGUUAACUCCUCGUGUGCCAACGAAAGAUCUCGUAGCACUUAAAUGCAACCUGUUUACCUUCGAUCCCUGGGAACCCGAAUCUGUUAGUGUGUGGAUGGAUGUCACGGUGUAUGUUCACAUACAGGAAUGGGGUUUGUAUAGUUUCCUUGCACAUAUCUGUAUUUUUGUCUACAGAAGUAGAGGCGGGUACUAGAUGUCUUGUUUUCUUUGAUAAUCAGGGUUUUGCUUUGUUGAUGUCAGAAAAAGUGUGGAGACGUGAGACGUGAUAUCCACAGAUUUUAAAUUACAACUUAAACAAUUUGUCAAUAAAUUAAUUGGCAACUAUUUGCAAAUAUUUUGGUAAAACUUCAUAAUAACCAUCAUUUAUAAAUGGUAAAUUCAUAGUUAAUUAAAACAAGUUAAUAGUUUAUUUACUGUCAACAAACAAUGUUUACUAAUCAAUAGUAAUGUUAUAAUUUGUUAUUUUAUCAUUAGCUUAUAAAUUCUAUAUUGUAUCACGGCUGAUAAGAGAUUU